UGAUACAAACUAACAUUUUAUUAAUGUAUGAAUCUAAUUUGAAUCUGAUAACUGAUGAAGUGAAGAGCCUGGCACAAAAUGACACAAAGGCUGAAGCCAUGAAUACAUCAAAGUUGUGGGUAAUUUUAACUUCUCACCUUUGACAAAUAAAGCUUGUGCGCAUGCGCGUUUAGAGGCUUCGUACAUCUCACCUCAGUAACACAAAGAAAUGAAGGGCUCUUAAGCUUUGGUGAUGCAAGCUUGCAAAAAGUAUACAUACACGCUCAUCACUUUACUUCAACCGGUUUUUAAAUUUGGACGCCCAUUUUGGAUGCAAAUUUUACAAGGACUACAUCUGUUUUUGUUUAAAAAAUAACAAGCAAAAAAAAGGAAAAGAAGACAAAACAAGGAUUCCGGCAAGCCGUUACUUAACGGCGCUCUUAUCUGUUUACUUUGAGAGCAGCACAAACAGCAGUGAACGCGGGGACAGAGACUCAGUGUUUGGAGCAGAGACCCCAGAGAAGAACAGAGGAGCGUCUGUACAUCUCUUCGUAGGAUGGAAGGCCCGCUGGCGUUGAUUCUCUUGUUUCCAUUCGUAUAUUUUCCCACCGCUACAUCAGACAAUGUGUGUUUCAGGCCUGAGCCGGUUGCCAACAUUGAGACAGACGGGCUCCAGAGGUAUUUUAACCCCGGUGUGGAGUUAGCGCUGUCCUGUAAACGGGGAUACUCUCCCUCGGGCCCUCGGAAGAUUGUCUGCCUCGCCACUGGAAAAUGGACGAAAAUCCAUUUAAUGUGCUUACCCAACAGCUGUCCCCAUCCAGACUCUUUGCCUAAUGGAGAAUUGUACUACGAGGAUGUUGUGUUCCAGAGCAACAUCAACUAUACGUGUAAUGAAGGGUACACCUUGACUGGAAACCGCUCUGCAACGUGUCUUUGGAACGGAGAAUGGAGCACACCAGUGCCAGACUGCAAGCCUGUGACCUGUGGUCUCGCACCGAUCCCACAGUUCGGGAAGAUCAUCUAUGACAAGAGGGUCAGAGGGAACACCACUUAUUACGGCUUGAAAGGGACGUACAAGUGUCUGCCACCGUAUGCACUGUUUGGCAACGCUAGAGCAGAGUGCACUGUCAGCGGCAAAUGGACCAAAACACCCGAAUGCCGAGUGGUGACCUGCCCUGCACCGGAGAACAUUGACAUGGGAAAAAUGUCGAGCAACGAACGGAGAGACUACGACUACAAGGAAACGGUCAGAUAUGACUGCGCUGGUGACUAUGUUCUCGAUGGAAACUUCCAGAUUGUUUGUAAUCAAGAUGGGAAUUGGUCUCAAAAGCCAUCCUGCAAAGCUCCUUGCCAUGUCGACAUAGAGAGAGCAAGGGUAUUGUACAAAGAACAAAAAAUCUGGAUUGAAGACCUAAAUCCUAACAGAGUCUUACACAAUGAGAUUAUCUCAUUCUACUGUAUGGACAUGGUCAGGAAAUGUGGCCAUGCAGUAUCAACCCAGUGCAUCGAUGGAAAACUCAACAUCCCUGAAUGCUUUGAACAGCCCAGCGACAUUGAUUAUAAGUUUUCAUCAAGUUCACUUCCAUCAGAAAUCAAACAGUGCUGAAGCAGUGCGAGCUCCCAUCUCUGAUUAUUAUUAAACUACUUCCAUAUCUAAU